AUGGAACCCCAUCUCUGUACAGAGAUUCCUUCCAAAGGGAAGAAGUCCUUUCAAGAGAGCUCCAUUCCUGUAGAUGUGGCUCGGCAGCGGGAACUCAAAUGGCUGGAGAUGUUCAGUAACUGGGAUAAGUGGCUAUCACGGCGUUUCCAGAAGGUGAAGCUGCGCUGCCGGAAGGGGAUCCCCUCCUCCCUCAGAGCCAAGGCCUGGCAGUACCUGUCCAACAGCAAGGAGCUCCUGGAGCAGAACCCUGGCAAGUUUGAGGAGCUGGAACGGGCUCCUGGGGACCCCAAGUGGCUGGAUGUGAUUGAGAAGGACCUGCACCGCCAGUUCCCUUUCCAUGAGAUGUUUGCCGCUCGAGGAGGGCAUGGGCAACAGGACCUGUAUCGAAUCCUGAAGGCUUACACUAUCUACCGGCCCGAUGAGGGCUACUGCCAGGCCCAGGCCCCAGUGGCCGCCGUGCUGCUCAUGCACAUGCCUGCUGAGCAAGCUUUUUGGUGCCUGGUGCAGAUCUGCGACAAGUACCUCCCCGGUUACUACAGUGCAGGGCUGGAGGCCAUUCAGCUGGACGGAGAAAUCUUUUUUGCGCUGUUGCGCCGGGCCUCCCCACUGGCACACCGGCACCUGCGGCGGCAACGCAUUGACCCCGUGCUCUACAUGACAGAAUGGUUCAUGUGCAUCUUUGCCCGCACCCUGCCCUGGGCUUCGGUGCUGCGUGUCUGGGAUAUGUUCUUCUGUGAAGGCGUUAAGAUCAUCUUCCGGGUGGCCCUCGUGCUGCUGCGGCACACACUGGGCUCGGUGGAGAAGCUGCGCUCCUGCCAGGGCAUGUAUGAGACCAUGGAGCAGCUGCGCAACCUGCCCCAGCAGUGCAUGCAGGAGGACUUCCUGGUGCAUGAGGUGACCAACCUUCCAGUGACAGAAGCACUGAUCGAGCGAGAGAACACAGCCCAGCUGAAGAAGUGGCGAGAAACCAGGGGGGAGCUGCAGUAUCGGCCCUCUCGCCGACUACAUGGCUCCCGGGCCAUCCAUGAGGAGCGUCGGAGGCAGCAGCCACCCCUGGGCCCCUCCUCCAGCCUCCUUAGCCUCCCUGGCCUCAAGAGCCGAGGCUCCCGGGCGGCUGGAGGGGCCCCCUCCCCACCCCUUCCUGCCCGCAGGGCCAGUGCUGGGCCUGCCCCAGGGCCCGUGGUCACCGCUGAGGGACUGCAUCCAUCCCUUCCUUCCCCUACUGGCAACAGCACCCCACUGGGACCCGCCAAGGAGACUCGAAAGCAGGAGAAAGAACGGCAGAAACAGGAAAAAGAACGUGAGAAGGAACGGCAGAAACAGGAGAAAGAACGGGAGAAGCAGGAGAAGGAGCGGCAAAAAUGGGAAAAAGAACAGGAGAAGGAGCAACAGAGGCAGGAGAAGGAACGGCAGAAGCAGGAAAAGAAGGCCCAAGGCAGGAAGCUCUCGCUGCGUCGAAAGGCAGAUGGGCCCCCAGCCCCCCAGGAUGGUGGGGACAGGUCCUCCUCAUCUGAGGCCCGGCAGGAUGCUUACUUCUGACUUCUGUCCCCGGGGCUGGACUGCAUGGCCUCCCUAUUUUUCCCUCCGUCAGGAACAGGUGUGGCCUGGGGUUCUGCCCUGAGCUUCCUGGGCAGACUGUCCUCCUGGGGAAAGUGGUUUGAUUCCCCAUCCCCUUGCCAGCUGCCAUCCCUACACAGCUGGGACAGUGACAGUGCGUGGGGCAGCAUGCAGCUGCCUUUCCUCGGGGCAGGUGUGAACAAGUCCGGAGCCCCUUCACCUCCAGUUAGGCCCAGCUGGGGUCUCCAUCACUCCUGCCCCUGUUCCCUUUGGGGUUCUUUCCCAGGUGCAGUCCCGAUUGGCCUUUUGUCACCUCGGGUGACUUGGCAAUGGGAAUCAGCAGUUUUCAGAUUCUUACACUCCAGUUGCCCCCUUAUCCAUGAGUGGAGCUGGGUUCCUUUUUCCCUUCUUCAGCCCUGCUGGUCCCCCCACUUCCUGGCUGGGGCCAAGGCUCUCCUUGCUCUACUUCUGGACAUCUCUGUGUUGUAAUUAUGUACAGAGGACCUGGUCGGCCCAGGGUGGGGGUGCUCGCUCUAUCUUCUAUCCUUUGGUUCUCCUUCCAUAAUGUUCUUGCACUUGUUUAUUUAAGGGGACAUGCACUGGAACAGGAAAUGUCUCCCCUUUCCCCACCUGCCAUUCUCCUUGUUCUCUUUCCUCUUCACCUACCUUCCUCUGUGUUCUCAGGCUUCUCCUGCUUUGUCUCACCAGGGCCCCCACCUUUCACCUUGUUUCCCCUCCAGCCCCUAUCUGGGUCAGGGGUCUUCCCCUGAGCUCCAGGGGGUGGAACCCAAUGUUUACAUUCUCUUGUCUCUGCUCCCACCCUGUGCGGCGGCGCUUCAUGGAAUCAGAAAAGAACCUGCUGUUGGACCUGG